UCGCUUGGCCUGAGCAAAGAAGCGGCACCAUGAGCCGCGUCGUGACCGUCAGGGAGCCUCAGGUCAACCUGCAGGUGUCUCAGCCGCGAUGUGGGGAGAGGUCAGGGGCCGUGGGCCGCUUCUGCUCCAAUCGGCUUUACGAUUAUCUGUACGAUCCAUUGUUUAUUGUGUCAAGUGAGAAAGAACACACACAAGCAAAUAUCCAAGCCGCUGUGCUUCGAAGCAGACUGAGAAAAAUUCCCAGAUUUAGAACCAUGUUCAGUAACCUGAACCAUUAUCCAAGAUAUUCUCUGCAUUGGAGCAAAUCAGAUCCUGUCCCACCAUUCGUCAGUCGGGAAUGGAAGGGACAUGAGGAGAAACGCAGAGAAGCGCUCCGGCAGCUUGCCGCAAUGGAUACUUCUUUCCAGAUGCCUAAAGAAGCUUGUGAGGAUCCUGAUGUUACUGGAAAGAAUCGUUAUAAAUACUUUGACAGGCCUUUCCUUCCAUUUCUUCAACAUAUGUCAUCAAAUGUUGUUUUUGCAACAGCCACGACAGAGCUAUAUGUUUUUCCUUCUGCUUCUUCUAAGUACUUACCCACCCCUUCAAAGUAUUCCGUGAGCACUCAGACUGACUAUCGGGAUGCUGAUGUUCAAACCGAUCCAUACUCUCCAGAAUAUGUAGUGUAUCAGGACACAAUCCCCGAACUCUUGACCCUGGCUACUCUUUGUUGGGGUCGAGGUCUGCCAGCCGGCCAAGCUGAGGUGGAGAUGAUAGAACAAGCCCGCGAGAAGCGAGCGUGGGAGGCCACUCUCCCGCCUCUGAGUGACACCUCCCAGUUUGAGAAGAGAAGGAAGAUGAUGAAUGCAAUGGAGAGGAAGGAGUGGGCCUUCCGAGAGCAGGAGAUUGAAAAGUUGCAGGAGAUUCGUCUGGAAGUCCUGAAAGAGCUGCUGAAGAAGCGUGAGGAGAAUCAAAACGAACUGAACAUGAAGCACUUGAAUGCCAAGUGGUCUAAGCUGCAGGAAGAAAAAGAGGCCAAAGUGGCACAAAUCCAGUGCAGACAUUUAUCGACAAUCAGGAAGCUUGUAGAAAAGAGAAAGAAUGUAGAAGGGAAGUUGGAGAGAAGAAAUAUCAUCAAGGAUUAUUCUGAUUAUGCAUCACAGGUCUAUGGACCUCUAGCUCGCCUUGGUCGUUUCCCGGACAACAACUCAGAAGACUUUGUAGUCAAAAAUCACUAUCUCAACACCUAUGAAGGAUUAGUUGAACUUGAGUCAUCUCUCCCAGAUUUUGUGACACAACCAAGAAUCAGAACUCCAAAGCCAAAAGUCAUCACCACCAAGGCUGGUAUUCUGAAGAGAGCAGCAAGGUUUGACAAUGAGUUGGCAGAAGUCCAUAAGGCACUGUUGGAUAAGAAGAACAAAGUCCUUGAAGAAAUGAAACCUCUGCGCUUCCUUCAUAGAAAAUCAAUACCUCAAGCUCGGCUCCCAACACCAACCUUGGAAAUGAGUUCCAAUGAAGAAGAAGAAAUAGAAAUGGCUGUGAUCUACCUUCAAAAGUUAAUCCGGGGUAGAGUCGUGCAAAACAUGAUGUUUGAAGGGAAAGAAAAGCGACUGGAGCUGAUCCAGGAGUUGCGCACCAGCCAUGCGCUGCAAGAAGAUCAUAAGCUGGUGAAAAAAGCUGAGAAGCAAGUGACCCUGGCUUUACAGCGACAGAGGAACUUGCACGAGAACAAGGUGUCACUGAUGGAAAACCAUUUGGCUGGCCUGGAGGGAAAGGCACUGGCAGACAUGUUCGACUUCCUGUCCAAAGAGCUCGUGAGACUGCAGGAAGAGAGGAGGAUCCACGCCUUCGCCAUGCUCGCCGAGCGCCAACGACGGAUGCGGGAGGCGGAGGAGAGCGGUCGGCGCCAGGCGGAGCAGAGGCGUCUGCGCGAGGAGGACAAGAUCUUCAAGGAGGUCAUUAAAGUUCAUCAAAGUACUGUAUCCUCCUACUUGGAAGAGAUAAUCCUGAAUACUGAAGAGAAUACCGCAGAAGAACACGCCAGGGCAGAAAUUGAAAAGAUGGCUGAGGAAAUCAAUGAAAUUGCUUAUGAAAUGGAAAAUCGUCGAACUCGUCUUCAGUCAGAGGAGAUUGUUGCUGAGCUGGUGUAUAGUUUUCUGAUCCCAGAAGUGCAAAAAGACUUUGUGAAAGAGAAAGUGAGGAAUGCCCAGCGGAAACACAUUCUCGCGGCCCACCAGAUCAUCCACGGGCACACAGAGGCUGUGGUGCAACAGAGACUCAUUGAGCAGCAGCAAGAGCAGGAGCAGGAGCAAAAUGAGGUCUCAGAUGCUGCCAGGGCACUUGAGGAAGAAACUCAAAAUGAGCAAAACAGCUAAGAAAAGCUCAGGACCAGAUGUCUACAAUGCUAAAUUCUACCAACCUCUUAAAGAAGAAAUAAUUCCAGUUCUUCUCAAACUAU